AUGGCAUCUGUCUGCCACUCACCUGGCAGGAGUAAGGAAUGUGAUAGCAGACGCCCUGUCAGGUACUUAGUUGCUCUGAAGAGAGCAAGACCUCCAGAAACAAAAUCGGGGGAGAGCGUAGGGAAGAAAAAAGUUCAGACGUCUGGUGUGUGGGGAGAUGGACGUAUAGGGAGAGGAGGUGGAUCUGAAAGGGCUACCUUAGGCUUGGCAAGAGUAGGGUCAAGGGCUGCCCUCAAUUUUGCAUUUGCAUUUCUUAGAAGAGCGUGGAGGUCUGGUGAAGAUGCAGACUUGUGUACAGAACUACUUCAGGAAUCCUUAGAGGCCCUGGAAACACUCCCAGAAGCUACCUUGUUUGAUGAAUCUACCGUGUCAUCAGUAUGGCUUGAUGUUGUGGAAAGAUCGCAGAAAUUCCUUACAACUGUUGUUCUUAGCCAAGUUCCUGGAGGUACUGGUAGCAGUAGUGUUACAAAAGUUCCCUUAGGUGAUAGACAUAUGGCGCUAUCUCUUCUGCUUCACUUGGCAUUACAGCGUGCCACUCUUUCAACAUUACUCACUAUAAUAACCUUACUGCUGCAGCUGUGGGAUUCUGGACGCAAUCAGGUUGAUAACAGAGUUAGUAGCCAUGGGACCAGUGCACCAUUGUUACCUGUGCUGCAUAGAUUCGGAGCCAUCCCUCUCCUCAAGUCUCCUCCGUCACCAGUUUGGGAUGAAAAUACUCCCAUGGAGGUCAAUCCAACCGAGUGCUUGCUUCGAUAUUUAGAACUCCCAGAGGAUGAAGAUAUAAGCGUAGAUUUAGAACAAGCAGCUGUGAUUUUACUCUGUCACCUCGAUCGUUUAGCAGCCCCUCAUACGCCACCACUCCAUUCUCCUCAUGGUCGACCUACUCAAGGGCAGGAGGUAUUAUCAUGGGGAUGGCUGGCUUGGUCGGCAGCUUCUAGUCCAUCUAGACCUCUCAAUUACUGUGACUCCCUGGCAGAACUGGGAAUAAAAUCCAUCGCUUGCGCUGAGCGAUGUUUGCUCAUCCUUACUCAGAAGGGUUCUCUGUACAGCUUGUAUUAUAAUUCAGAGACCCAGUGUCCACAGCCUGUUCUUGGCCAGCCUGAAGAAGAAAUUGUUAAAAUUGCCACUCAUCCUGAGGGGAAGCAUUAUUUGGCUCUCACAGCUAAUGGCCAGGUAUAUUCCUGGGGUAACGGUGACGGUGGACGUCUAGGUCAUGGAGACAGUAGCUCUCGAGAGGAGCCCACGUUAAUUCAAGAACUACAAGGAAAAACAGUUGCAAGCAUUGCAUGUGGUUCAACUUACAGUGCAGCUAUAACAACCCAGGGUGAACUGUAUACUUGGGGAAGAGGGAAUUAUGGGAGACUUGGGCAUGGCUCCUCAGAUGACCACAGCACUCCAACACUAGUGUCAGCUCUGAAAGGUGAACGUGUCCUUGAUGUUGCCUGUGGAAGUGGUGAUGCACAAACUUUGGCUGUGACAGAUUCUGGAUCUGUGUAUUCAUGGGGUGACGGUGACUAUGGAAAACUAGGUCGAGGGGGUUCAGAUGGCUCCAAAGUACCAAAAUUAAUUGAUAAGCUUCAGGGCCAAGAAAUAUGUAGAGUCUUUUGUGGGGCUCAGUUUUCUUUAGCUCUUAGCAAAUCUGGCGCUCUGUUCACCUGGGGUAAGGGAGACAACCACCGAUUAGGGCACAAUUGUGAAGAACAUGUUCGGUACCCAAGACAGGUCAAAACUUUAGCAGGUAAAAAGGUAGUGGAAGUAGGUGUUGGCUGCAUGCAUGUGGUCAUAUUAACAGAGGAUGGAGAAGUGUAUGUUUGGGGCCGUAAUGAUCAAGCUCAGUUGGGAGACUCCCCUCACGCAGCUGUGCCAGAACCAUCCCUUCUCUCUGCUCUUCAAGGCAAAAGUAUUAUUGGCAUUGCUUGUGGCCCAUCACAGACAUUUGCAUGGAGCACCAAGAUGUCUGGUCUGUGUCCAACGAAUGCCUUAUGUUGUUGA